UUGAGGGGCUGUCCAUCAGGACAGACAGACCACAGAGGCACCCGUCAGCUCACCAUGUGGAAGGCAGCUCUCCUGACCUUUGGCCUGCUGGUGGCGCUGGUGGACACAGUCCGGGGCAACGACGUCCACCCUUCGUUCUACGGGGUGAAGCUCUGUGGAAGAGAGUUCAUACGCGCCGUCAUCUUUACCUGCGGAGGCUCUCGCUGGAGGAGAAGUUUAGUAGAAUCAGCUCCUGCUGGGGAGGAGAUCUUUGAUCCAUGGAAGACAAACACCAUCCCUCAACUGACCGGUGAACAGGAUCCAACAAAGGCCCAAGCAUGGAAACGACAGAUGUUGGACGUGGCCUCCCUGGCGGCUGGAUUCAGCCGCCCGGCUCCCUCAGCAGAGUCGGAGGAGGUGAUGGAGGCUCUGAAGAGCGCGGACAGGAAGCAGCGGGACGCGGUGGUCGGACUGUCCAACGCUUGCUGCAAGUGGGGCUGCAGCAAGAGUGAGAUCAGCUCUCUGUGCUGAGACCGGUCUCUUCUUGUCCUGUCGACAAUGGAACUCUGCUCUUUUCCCGUGUAUUUUUUCCUACCUUUAAAUGCAGAGUGAUGAAAAUUUCACAUUAAUACGGAAAAGUGUCUGUGUUUAUUGUUGACAUAAAUUGAUAUCAAUUUUGACUCAGUUUGACAAUGUUUUAUGUAGGUUUUUUGAGUGUCUUGGCUCUAAAAUGUUAUUUCAUAAUGUUACAAAACUUCCACUUACUGUAAAUCCCAUUUCACAAGUUCAAUACUGUCAACAGUUUUGAAAUAAAGGAAGCAAUGACGA